AGAACAUCUCAUCGGCAACCAAUGUCCAUUUGAUUGAUCUCCAAAUCAGGAGUGGAAUUCAUUGGAUAAUCUUGAUGCAAGCUCUUUCAGAGCGAGACAAAUGCCCAAUUAGGCUUCUCAAGAUUACAGCUUUUGAAACAAUAAACGUGCAGGACAUAGUGGGAACCUGCAAGAGGUUGGAAAGCUUCGCGCAAUCCUUAAACUUGCCCUUUUCGAUCACCCCUAUUUUUUUGUCAGACAUGAAAGAUUUUAGGGCAGAACUAGUCAACAUAGAAGCCGAUGAAACCGUGGCUGUUUAUUCCCCAACAGUACUGAGGUCAAUGCUCUCAAGGCCUGAUUGUUUAGAUGGACUAAUGAGAGCAAUCAAAAAGCUCAAACCAGCCAUAAUGGUGGUCAAUGAAGUAGAAUUAAGUACUAAUUCUCCUUCGUUUGUGAAGCGCUUCAUAGAGGCACUGUUCUCUUACAGUGCGUAUUUCGAUUGCUUCGAAGCCUGCAUGCAGCAAGACAACAAGAACAGAAUGGUGCUGGUAGGGAUUUAUUUUCGCGAUGGGAUUCAAAGUUUGGUUGCAGUGGAUGGCGGGGAAAGGAUCGACAGAAGUGUGAAAAUUGAUGUGUGGAGAGCAUUCUUUGCAAGGUUUGGAAUGGUGGAAGUUGAACUCAGUGAGUCAUCACUGUAUCAAGCUAGAGUGGUGGUUAACCAGUUUGUUUGCAAGAGUGCUUGCCAUCUUGAUAAGAAUGGGAAGUGCUUGAUUAUGGGGUGGAAGGGAACUCCACUUCAUUCUCUUUCCUCUUGGAAGUUCACAUAGGGGUUAAUGCCUCGAAAUAUUUCAUUGCCCCAUGUUGCAUUGACAUAGUCAUGUCAUAAAACAAUCUAUCUGUGUGUUCUAAGUGAAAUUCACACAAAUGGAUAUCCAUGGAGAUUGUUUUGUUGCAUUGCAACAUGGGUCAAUGAAUCAAUUUUGUAGAAUGGAUUACACAUGGUUUGAAAGUUUGAACACAUUGAUAAAUGUUAAUACACUUGUAUGUGAAUAAUUUCAGAUAACAGUUG